AUGCGAUUAUCGAGCAGCCAGACAAACCGAAUUCCACAGAUCGGCGCUCCACCAAUCGACCCUGCGGAUCAGUUGGCGCCCCUAACGUGGCACACCAGCUCCACAGGACUCGACAUCACGUUCCGUCUGGACAACGGCCGCUUUAGCGGACUGGGGAGCGCCGUCGUCGAUAGCCUUCAGGUGGAUUCCUUUAGCAAACGUAUCCGCAUCAUUGCCCACCUCAAUGGCAUUUACACACUAGAAGGUGCAUACACUUUGGCUGCACACGUACUUGGAAUACCUUUAGAGGGCACUGGGAUCUUCAGGGGUGUGAUGGGUGGUGGUGCUGUGGACGUCACAUAUUCUGGACACCUUGAGAGCGGCCAGGGAGGACGGUCGUAUCUGAAGCUAGACACUGUCCGAGUCGCAUUGGCCUUAGGCAGGUCUCAGUAUGAGCUCACUGGUCUCUUUGGAGACUACCAGCCUCUAGCGCUCGCCGGUAAUAUGUUCAUCAACAACGUUGCAGCGAACGUAGUGGAACCGCAUUUGAAGCCGACGCUGGAAAAGUGGCUGGCCGAAGUGUUCCGCCAGUAUGCACAAGCCGUCUUCGAUACUGUACCCUACGACGAGCUGUUUCCAAAGACGCCCGCUUACAGAGGUUUCUACAGAGCGGUCUUCCCACAAAAUUUUUGA